AUGCCGCAAGGUGCUCAACAGCAGACAAGCGCCUCGCGCGCCGAACUCGUACAACACCAGGCCAGAAGGUGCUUAACUGGAGACCGGGCUUUUGCGUCAACCGAGAGCGCGCAGCGCGAUGCCGCAAGGUGCUCAACAGUAGACAGAAGUGCCGCGCCCGCCGGACAUGCAUCUUCAAACGCGCUCUUGCGUCAAGCUGCGGAACAGAACGCUCGUGCUCAGCACCGGGCCUCGACUACAGGCUCUCCGCCUUCGUGCAGCCACAAGAAGACUGCAGGUUACAUCCAAGGCCUCUCCCUAACCGAACUUAACUAUGCUAUCAAGGAGAUGGAAGAUCAGAUGGAGGAACUAUCAUACAAUCGACGCUACAGCGAGAAUGUCGCUGGUCUCGGCGCGGGCUACUGCGUCAACCAAGAAUGUGCAACGUCACGCCACAAAGUACUCAACAGCAGACAGGCCUAUGGUGUCGGUUAA